AUGGCAGAUAUUGCAAGUAAGAAGAAAGCUAAAGUUGUUUUGUCUAUGCAACAACGGCUGGAGAUUCUGGAAGAUUUGAAGACACAGUCUCAUGCAAGGAUUGCUGAAAAAUAUGGUGUACACCCAAGAACAAUUUAUCGGAUAAGCAGAAACGCUGCACGCAUUAGCGAAUUUACAGACAGGAGUAAGGAACAGAAGGAACGGCGAGCUAUUAAAAGACCAAAGUAUGAAGAAUUGGAACAGUGUAUGCUGACAUGGAUUGCAGAAAGGAGGUCACUCGGGGAUAUCCUGUCAGAUGCUGUAAUUUUCCAGAAAGCUGCCGAAAUGAAAAAAAAUUUUCCAUUAUAUUCACAUUCAAACUUGACCAGAACUUGGCUUGCAUCUUUCAAGAAACGUAACAACAUACGUUUUGUCAAUGGAUUUCGUGACACAGACAGUGCUGAUGUAAAUGCGGCUGGGGUAUUUGUAAAGGAUUUGAAAAACUUAAUAGAAGAAGAGCACAUAAAUGUGGAAAACAUUUAUAACAUGGAUGAAAGCAGGCUUAUGUGGAAAGCUCUGCCCAAAAAGGUGCAGGAAAAAUUCAAAGAAGAGUGCCUCGGACGUUCCACUAUCAGCAGUGAGCGAAUUACAUUGGUGUUGUGUGCGAAUGCGUCAGGAACAAACAAAAUGACACCCUUAUUAAUCUAUAAAUAUCAGAAUCCAAGGUCUUUGAAAGAUUGCAAAGAUAGCCUUCCUGUCAUAUUUAAAUCACAAGCAAAUGGAUGUAUGGAUCAAUCAUUAUUUAAAGAUUGGUUUGAGAAUCACUUUAAGCCUGAUGUAAGGAAGUACCAAGUACAGAAAGAAAUAAAUGGUAAAGUUAUUUUAUUAUUAGACAAUUGCGAUGAACACGAACUUUCAACAGAUAUAGAAGAAGAUGAUGAUUUCAAAAUAAUAUAUCUACCACCUUACACAACCACUCUUAUACAUCCCAUGUAUCAGGGGAUAGUACUGAAAACUAAAAGACUUUUCCUCCACAGAAUGUUACAAAGGGUUGUAAGGUGUGACGGAGGAGUAAACGAAUUUUAUAAAGACUACAACAUGAAAAGUUGUAUAGAUAUAUUGCAUGAAUCAUGGGCGGAAGUAACGUCAGAGACCAUAAGAAAUGCUUGGAAUGAAAUUAUUCCAGUACCUGCUGCAAAUUUCGAGGAAACCGAAGAAAGAGAUCAAUCGCUUCAACGUGAUCUCCAAGAUCUGAUCAGCACCAUUAUUGGAGAAAAAUCUACAGAACAACAUGUCACAGAAUUUUUAUCUGCAUGCGAGGAAGUAGGAAGGAAAAGUUUUCCCAAGAAGGAAAAGUUAGAAGAUGAAUGCGAAGAAAAUGAAAAUAAGAAUGACAACAAAGAUGAAGAAGAUGAUGUAGAGAAAGACAAUAUUGAUGACAGUAAAGAUGAAGAUAGUUUCAAAGAACGAAAAGAAAUAGUUGUUCCAAGAGUUAUAGAUGAAGGUAAUUUCGGAGAACAAGAAGAAUUACUUGUUUUAGGAGAUACAGAUGAAGAUAAUUUCGAAGAACAAGAAGAAAUACUUGUUCCAAGAGAUCUAGAUGAAGAUACUAUACACGAAUUAAAAUAUUUAUUGGGACAUCUCAUGUUUUAUAGUACCAAAGCACCUCCAUAUAUACAGCUAAUAGUACAAAGUUCAGACGAGUAA